UGACACAGAUCCUGUCUCUAUCAGACCCUUUGUAUAUUCAAACUCUCAAUAAAAUAAAAUCGAAUCUUUACUCAACCUUGUAAUCUACUUUGCUCUGCCGUCUAAUCUUGCACGCCAACGCCCCCUUUGUUCUUAUCUUUCUUGCUGCAGACUUUUUGGGUCAUCAUUGAGCUUGUUUUAGAUUGGAGUUUGGAGCUGAAAUUGUUGGUUGAUGGCGGAAUUGAUAGGGCCGAGAUUAUACAGCUGCUGUAAUUGUCGAAACCAUGUUUCGCUUCACGACGAUAUUAUUUCCAAGGCUUUUCAGGGAAGACAUGGCCGAGCAUUUUUGUUCUCCCAUGCAAUGAACAUCUCUGUUGGGCGAAAAGAAGACAGACAUCUCAUGACUGGUCUCCACACUGUAGCUGAUAUCCAUUGUGCUGAUUGCCAAGAGGUGUUGGGAUGGAAGUAUGAGCGAGCUUACGAGGCAUCACAGAAGUACAAGGAAGGGAAGUUCAUCUUUGAGAAGUCAAAGAUUGUUAAGGAGAACUGGUAGCAUGCCUGGAUUAGGUUCCUCAUCCCAUCAAAUUCCCCACCUUGAAGUAACUCGUAAUGGUUCAUGAAGUUCAUCUUGUACAGGAAGUUCUACCCAUCUGAAAAAAUUGUCAUUGUUUCUCAGUUUUUCAAUCUUGCAAUGUGCUCAUUUCUGGAAGUUGUAAUUUGAAUCUUCAACUUCUGUGUUAAUAAACUGUCCUCAUUGUUCAA